AUGGCUUCUGCACAAUUUCAAGUUUUAUCUGUUCUUUGUCGAACAUCACGCCAAUUUGUAAUCGAUGCUCUUAAAGGAUUUUCUUCAACAACAAUAUUGUCACCAAAUGCAUUGUCACGUGAUAUAAUCAAUAGUUAUAUUGGCACAUCUAUUGAACAAUUUCAGAAAAAUACACUUGAUAGCUUCCGUUCAUACUAUCAUUUUGUGUCAUCUCUUGUCGAAGAAAAUCAUUUUAUAUCUGCAUUACGAACAAAUUUCUAUACGAGAAGUGUUCCUGAUAGUAAUAUUUCUGUAACUUUUUCUGCCAUUUAUCCACAACAAGUUAACCAAACUCCAUCUUCAUUGAUGUCGAAUGAAACAUGUCGAUGUGAUCGUACAAGUGAUUGUGUUUAUCCUGCUGGCAUAUAUAAUCAAUCACAAACUAUUGUUUCGAAUGAAGUCUUUUCACUUGAUGAAUCGCCUCUAUUCAUUGUACCAGGAUUUCAAGUUGGAUGUGUACCACAAAAUGCAUUACUUCAAUCAACAUUGGAAUGCUUUUAUAAUCAAUCAUGUUUAGACAUCGUGAUUUCGUUGACUGAUGCUCUUCGCACUGUCUCAGCUCUGAAUAUUUCAAACUCUUUUUCACGAUUCAGUCCAACAACAACUAUUGGUGUUCUUUUUGACAAUCUAAUGGUUGAAUCUUGGGAGAACUCUACUGAUUUUGCCAUCUACUUCCAAACUUGUGCACCCAAAGCCUGUUCAUAUUCAUAUUUACAACGGUUUUUUCUCAUUUACAUGAUCACAAUCAUAGCUAGUGUCUUUGGUGGACUUAACAUAGUAUUGCGUAUAACAUCUCCAUUGUUUGUCAAAUUCAUAUUACGUUCACCUUAUCGACGAGUUCGAAUGCUAGAAGCUAAUGAAAGACAUGAACCAAAAAGAAGGAUUGUCAUUGGAUGUUCAAUCAUGAGUGGUCUUUUACAGUCGACAUUUGAAUGUUUCUAUGAUGAUGUUUGUGUCAACCAACUAAAUGAAGUUUUUGGUAGUUCAUUCGCUAAAUUUAAUCUUAAUGCAACGGAGCUUCCACUAACGACUCCAAUUGGAUCGAUUCUAGAUGAGUAUCCUCAAGCAUUAUUGAAUUUUUCAGCUAAUUAUUCUGCAUAUUUUGAAAUAUGUGCUCCGUCAAUAUGUCAAUAUCAUUAUAUGGAACAACAUAAUGUUGUUUACAUAUUCACAACAUUGCUUGGAUUGUAUGGUGGAUUGACUGCAGGUCUCCACAUUUUCGUAUGUAAUGAAUGGACGUGUGAUUUUGAUUAUGGACAAAUAUGUUUGAAAGGUCUUCCAUCAGUUUCAUUUGUUUUAUUAAAUGAAACAAGUCAACAAAUAAGACAACCUGCUUCCGAUGUUACUUCUAUUCUUACAUCGAAUGAUCAAGGAAAAUGCUUUUUUCCUUAUAAAAUUAAUUCAUUUGAUAUGUUUUUCUGUUUAAAAACUGAUCCUGAUCUUCCAGCAACAUGUCCUGUUGAACAUGAAAAUGGUCCUAAAAUAAAUUGUAGUGAAGGCGAAUAUGGAUAUGAAAAAUUUGAAGAAAACCAAAUAGGAUCUCGUUCUUAUGAAUUAGAAUCACUUCCAAUUUUAUCAAUUGGUCAUCAUUGUAUACGAUUAUUUUAUUAUUUUUCUGAUGGAAAUUCAAAUGGAACUAUUCGAAUUAUCUUAGAAGAUUCCCAAACACAUCAAAACCAAACUAUUCUCACAGUUUCAUCAUAUGUAGCUAACAAAUGGCAUGAAAUCAGACAAAAUUUUCAAAUAUUUAAUUCAAUUUCCAAUAUGUUUUUUAUAUUCGAACGCGGUUCUUCAAAAGCAGAGCCAUUUUAUAUUGCCAUUGAUGAAAUAACUCUAAUUGAUCUUUAUUGUGAACCCAUCAGUACAAUAACAACGACACCACCAUCAACAACAACAACAAUAACAGCGAUAACAGUAACAACAACCACAACAACGGACAAAUUAACGAGUUUAACAAUGCCGGUGACUAGUACAACAGUAACAAGCACAACAAGUUCGACUGUUGGAAACAAUAGUAGUGUCAUACUUACUACAACUAAUCUGUCUAAUGUGAAUAAAAGCACAUCAAGUGUUAUUAAUACAAUCAAUUCGACUCUUUUAACAACUCGUAUCACUACAAGCACUACAGUUUUGUCAAUGAAUAGUACAAUAAAUAUAAUGACAAGCAUCAGUACAACAAUGAAUCGAAUUAAUUCUACAAUAAUUAGUUCAACAUUGAGUUCAUCAUCAAAAGAUCGAUUAUCUUUUAAAAUUGAAGUCAGUGUUUUAUUGGUUAGUUUUAUUGUAUUUUCAUUUCGACAUUAA